ACGAAAUCGUUUCAUUUGCAAUCUUGGAAAACUCAAGUUCACUUCGUUCCCUGUAGAACAGGAAUUACGGAAAUAAUAUGACGAAAAAGUUUGAGUUUAAUUGGCGAAUAGAAGUACCGGAAUUAUUGAGAAAUGGUUCGACUUUUGAUAGAUGGUUCGAAGAUAAAGAAACGACUGAAUACGAACCUAAUUGUAUAUUUAAAGUUGACGAGUACGGAUUUUUUAUUUCUUGGAAAAGUGACGGGAAGGAUGGUGAUGUUAUAGAGUUAGCUCAGGUCAGUGACAUUCGUUAUGGUGGAACUCCAAAGGAUCCAAAGUUAUGUAAUAAAUUAAGUAAGCACGGAAAUUUAGAACAACUGGAUGAAAAAAGUUUAACUAUAUGUUCUGGAAUCGAUUAUACCAAUAUACAUUAUCAGCACGUGGUAUGUGCCGACGCAAAAACAGCGAAGGAUUGGCAAGUUGGUUUACGAUUGAUCACACAUAACACAAAAGCCAGUAAUGUUUGUCCAACGAUUCAAUUAAUGAAACAUUGGAUGAGAUUAAGAAGUCAAGUAGAUCCAAAAGGAAAAGUUCCUGUAAAGAUAAUAUCAAAGACUUUUGCGUCAGGUAAAACAGAAAAAUUGGUCUAUCAAGGAUUAGCUGACUUGGGUUUACCCAAUGGAAAGAAUGAUAAAAUCGAACCGGAAGCGUUUACUUUUGAGAAAUUUUACAGUCUGUACUUCAAAAUUUGUCCUAGAAAUGAUAUCGAAGAACUCUUCCAAUCGAUAACAAAAGGAAAAGCCGAUUCCAUAAGACUGGAGCAACUGGUAACAUUUAUGAACGAAAAACAGAGAGAUCCAAGAUUAAACGAAAUCUUGUAUCCACUUUAUGAUGAAAAAAGAUGUUUAGAAAUUAUAAACGAUUAUGAAACAGAUGAAAAAGCAAAAUCUGAAAAAAGAUUAACAAAAGAUGGUUUCAUACGUUAUUUGAUGUCCGACGAAAAUGCGCCAGUGUUUCUUGAUAAAUUAGAAGAAUGGAUGGACAUGGACCAACCACUCGCUCAUUAUUAUAUUAACUCGAGUCACAAUACUUAUCUCAGUGGAAGACAAAUUGGUGGAAAAAGUACAGUAGAGAUGUAUAGACAAGUGUUGCUUGCAGGUUGCAGGUGUGUUGAAUUGGAUUGUUGGGAUGGCAAAGGUGAAGAUGAAGAACCCAUAAUAACUCAUGGAAAAGCUAUGUGUACAGAUAUUCUUUUUAAGGAUGUUAUUUAUGCUCUCAGAGACACAGCUUUUGUUACAUCCGAUUAUCCAAUUAUUCUUAGCUUCGAGAAUCAUUGUUGUCUAAAACAACAGUACAAAUUGGCUAAGUAUUGUGAUGAAAUAUUGGGUGACCUACUUUUGAAGGAACCUUUGAAAGAUUAUCCGCUCGAACCAGGUUCUCCUCUUCCACCCCCAAGUGCUUUGAAACGUAAAAUAUUAAUUAAGAACAAAAGAUUGAAGCCUGAAGUUGAAAAAGUCGAACUGGAACUCUUUCGAUCAGGACAGUUUGAAGCAAAAGAUGAAGUUGUUGAGGAUGCCAGUGCUCCGGCAGCUCCACCUCCAGAACCUCCAAAGGAAGAAGCACUACCGGCAGAAGGUGCACCUCCAGGUGAAGGUGGUGCCGAAGGUGAAGCUCCACCUAUUCAAUACACAGGUAGUACAAUGGCUUGUCAUCCUUGGCUAUCAUCGAUGAUCAAUUAUGCUCAACCAAUUAAGUUCCAAAGCUUUGAAACAGCCGAAAAAAAAAAUAUACAUCAUAAUAUGUCUUCGUUCUCUGAGACGGCGGCUUUGAAUUAUUUAAAAACACACUCGGUUGAGUUUGUAAAUUAUAACAAACGUCAAAUGAGUCGAAUAUAUCCGAAAGGAACAAGAGCUGAUUCUUCAAAUUAUAUGCCACAGGUAUUCUGGAAUGCUGGUUGUCAGAUGGUGGCACUGAACUUUCAAACCCCUGAUUUACCUAUGCAAUUAAAUCAAGGUAAAUUCGAGUACAAUGGAACUACUGGAUACCUAUUGAAACCUGACUUUAUGAGACGACCCGAUCGUAAUUUUGAUCCUUUCUCCGAAGAUGUGGAUGGUGUUAUCACUGCGCAGUGUUCCGUACAGAUAAUAGCAGGGCAAUUCUUGUCAGAUAAAAAAGUAGGAACUUAUGUUGAAGUAGACAUGUACGGUCUACCGGCCGAUACUAUAAAAAAAGAAUUCAGAACAAGAAUGGUACCUGGAAAUGGUUUGAAUCCAGUCUACAACGAGGAACCAUUUCUAUUUCGGAAAGUUGUAUUACCUGAUUUGGCUGUCCUCAGAAUCGGUGUUUACGAAGAAAGUGGAAAAUUACUUGGACAGAGAAUUUUACCAUUGGAUGGUCUUCAAGCUGGCUACAGGCAUAUAUCGUUGAAAACUGAAGCUAAUUUUCCAAUGGCAUUGCCUAUGUUAUUUUGUAACAUCGAAUUAAAGAUUUAUGUGCCAGAUGGAUUCGAAGAUUUCAUGGCCAUGCUAUCGGAUCCGGGUGCAUUUAGUAAAGGCGCGGAGAAGCAAGCGGAAACCAUGAAAGGACUUGGAAUUGAACAGACCGAUGCUAAAGCUGACGCUAAAAAGAAAAAAGAAGAAGAAGCUAAGAAAGAGGAAUGGAAGCCAGAACCAAUCACGAUAGAUACGCUAAAAAGAGAAAAAACAUACAAGAUGGGAAAAAAACAAUUGAAGGAAUUGGAUACAAUGAGAAAGAAGCAUCAAAAAGAAAAACAAACAAUGCAGAAAAAUCAUUGUUCAGCUAUCGAAAAAUUAAUAAAGGGUAAAGAUAAAAGUGCGUUGGUCCAAGACGCAAAUGUGAAAAAGGUAAUAAGUGAGCAAACAGCACAAUGGUCAGCUAUGGUGGAAAGACAUAGAAAAGAGGAGUGGGAGAUGUUGAAAAAUCAUACUGAAGUUGGACGGGAUGAAUUCAAAAAACUUAUCGAAAUUGUCCAAGCGUCGCAAGUAAAACAACUACAAGCAAAACACGACAAAGAUAUCAAGGACAUGAAUGCAAAUCAGGCUAAGAUAUCUGUAGAAACAGCGAAAGAAGUGAUGAAUGAUAAAGCUCUUAAAACAAAAGGUGAUAAGGAUCGUAGGCUUCGAGAAAAAAAAGAACAAAAUACGAAAAAAUUCAUGCAAGAAAGAAAAACUGUACAAAUCAAGCAAGGUCGCGAAAUGGAGAAGCUUAAAGUUACGCACGAAAAACAGGUCGCCAAUUUGGAUAAAGAUAUUGAAGCGACAAUCGAAAUGUAUAAGAAUGAACCAAUCCAAUACGACCUGUCGUCUAAAACUGAAUUUUACGUAUAAAUCUUUUGUCCAUCUCUUUGUUAAUCUUGUCCCUUCAGAUAUUAAAUGUUACUUAAUUUAUUAUGUACGCGAUUUAUAGUGGGUGUAGAAAGUAUUCGUACACCGAUCACUUUGAAAUAAAAGGUUGUGAAAUUGUA